AGGGACUCCCAGUAAGUGUCACACUAGGGAAUGGUUAGUGAGUGGCUGCUGUAUUGUCAUUGGCACAGCUGCUAGUGUCACUCACACUCACACUCACAGUGGCGCACUCACUCCGGCAGGGAGGCACUCACACAGCUGAGCAGAGGGACAUGUCGAGAGGCCUCCGAACUGACACCAUACAGAGGCGAAUAGACCAUGAGGUGCGGAUGAGGGAGGGGGCAGUAAAGUUGCUGGAAGCCUCGACUCAGAGGGAACAGGCUCUAGAGGUGGCAAAGAGCCUCCUGGUCUGUAACAGUCGUAUAAUGACUUAUAUGUCUGAGCUGCACCGCAAGGAGGAGCAAGUUCUGCAGAGCAAUGCCCGCAGGCCGUCGGAAGCAGGUUGCAGGAAGGAGCAGUGCAAGGGGCUUUCAGUAUCAGACCUGAUCCUCAUGUGGAAAGACAGUGAAUAUUUCAAAAACAAAGGAGAGCUGCAUCGCUGUGCCGUGUUCUGUGCCCUUCAGCUGCGCGGGGAGGUCUGGGACACGGAACUGGUCUUUGUGGACAGAACUUCUACUGACAUCUGUUUUGAGAAUCCCAUUGUAUUCUCCGACGUGGAUCCUGGCUUUGACCUACACCUGCAGUUAUACAGCUGCUCUGUGGAUGAAGAUUUCUCUCUCUCAGGGACUCCCAGAAGGCUUUCCACUAAGCUGAGCAGUUCCCUUGGGCGGUCGUCGGGGCGCAGGGUCCGAGCGGCUUUGGAUGGUACUCAGGGGAGCCCCUUUAGCAAUGGAGGAGGAGGAGGAGGGGGACCGGUCUUACUCCCAACACCCACUGUGCAAGGUCCCAAAUUUCAGCUCCUGGCUCACACUCGCCUGGCGCUCGCUGACGUACAAGAUGGCUUCCGCACCCACGAUCUGACCAUAAGUGGCACAGAGGAGAGCUCUGGUUGGCUGCCGCUAUACGGGAGCGUCUGCUGUCGUCUCACCGCCCAACCAGACUGUAUGAACCAGGAGAUCAUGUCGGGCUUUCUGCAGAUACAGGCCCGGGAGCAGCACGGUUGGGAGCGCGUGUUCUGUGCUCUACACGGAUGCCGAUUGCUCUGUUUCCAUCAGCGCAGUAAAGCGGAUCCAACAGCGGAACCAGAACUGACAAUAUCUGUUAAUAAGGAGACCAGGAUCCGGGCUUCAGAUCGAGAUGGGCCAGGCCAGGUCCAUAGUCUGUCCAUUACCAACCGGUACGGCUGCGAGGAGGUGACGCACACGCUCAGGGCCGAGAGUCGGGAGGAUCUGCGCCUCUGGAUGGAGGCUUUCUGGCAGCACUUCUAUGACAUGAGUCAGUGGAAACAAUGCUGCGACGACCUGAUGAAGAUUGAGACUCCUGCCCCCAAACGCACUCCACUCGCACUCACAAAGCAGCGCUCUCUGUACCAUGACAUGGCAGUGUCUGUGCCCCCUGCCCCCUGUGUAGAGGGGCUCCUGCUGCAGGAUAAUGCGCUGUCCGAUGAGAUCCGCUCCCUCCUCUCCUCUUAUUACAGUGAAAGCUAUUGAAGGUCUCGGCCCCAUCCCUGAUCUUUUGUCCCAAAGAAUGAAAGAGUUUGAGCUGCAGAGGGGCCUGGACCCCCCGCCCUGGACCUCCCUGUUCCCCAGCCCAAAUUCUGCCCUUCCUUCCUGCUCUUCGUCCUCGGAUUGCGACAGCCCCCCCAGCAGGCCCACCAGGGCUCGGCCAAGGACACACUCUCUGGAUGCCAAACUGACUUCUCUAAAGAGCCGGGCCCUGAGGAGCUGUGAGCAGAGCCCCCCCUGCAGGAGUUCAGAGGCGCCCAGGCCUGCCAGUCCUUCCCCGGGGCCACGGGGCUCUAACAGCAGUGGCAGCAGCACCCCAGAAUCAGAGCGGGGGGCUCAGACCCGUAAGAGUGCCAGGAAUCUAAAGAACAGGCUGGACCCUCGCAACUGGCUGCAGAGCCAAGUGUAAACGUUCCGCUCCUCUGGGGUGGAGACUCAUUCAGACUCCUCCCAUUUUCCUGGCAACUCUGAACUGUGCAAGGGCCAUUAAGGGUCCAAAUUAAUGUUCCUUACCCUGACUCGCCGGGUGGGUGCCCUGAGCUUCUAAUAGAUUUAAUAUGUCUUUAUAUGAGCACAAUUAAUCCAAGCACAAACCCCUCCCACAACAGGGUGGCAAAGGCCAAAGUGGGACGGCCAGUCUGCAGUUUGGCUCUCCCAUUGCAGGGUGAUGGGAGCGAGUUAACGGCCAGCUUCUCGAAAUGUAACAAAGAGUUUGCCCCUCCCACUACAGGGUGACACAAAUGAGGGGGAACUAUGGGACAUAGGGUUUGCCCCUCCCACUGCAGGGUGACACAAAUGAGGGGGAACUAUGGGACAUAGGGUUUGCCCCUCCCACUACAGGGUGACACAAAUGAGGGGGAACUAUGAGACAUAGGGUUUGCCCCUCCCACUGCAGGGUGACACAAAUGAGGGGGAACUAUGGGACAUAGGGUUUGCCCCUCCCACUGCAGGGUGACACAAAUGAGGGGGAACUAUGGGACAUAGGGUUUGCCCCUCCCACUGCAGGGUGACACAAAUGAGGGGGAACUAUGGGACAUAGGGUUUGCCCCUCCCACUGCAGAGUGAUGCGGAUGAGAGGCAUGCUUUUGAUUGGAUACAUAUUUGAGGCACACCUCCCCCCAGAAUGACUGUCCUAUAAAAUAAAUGAUCCGUGCCCCUCCCACUCUAGGGUAUGUUGUUUCCAUAUAUGGCAGUGUCCCUCCCACAUAAAAAGCAUGCCCCUCCCACACUUGACACUCCCACACAUGAUAGGAGAAUGUCCCUCCCACUAUAGUCUUUUGCUUGCCAUUUCCGGCCAUGUGACCUGAUAUUAACCCCCUCCUUGCCUGAGAGCCUGUUGGGCCCCGUGCCAAACCCAAUAUGGGCCCCUGCCUGGGACAAAGCAAUCAGCCUGUACCAAAUAUCUGCUAACGAGAUUCUAAUUAUAAUAAAAUAUCUAUGUAUCUA